CCACCACAGAAGAAGAACAGGACUCGGAAGCGCCGAGAAACAGAAGCUAGCCCUUUAGCGUUGGCUGUAAAAUAUGCAAAACAUGUUGCCUUUUAUUUCAGUCGCGCUCAGAGGUGCAGCAAAGAAUAAAGUUUCCACGGUGGUUCCACUAUGGAGCCGCUCCUAUGCCAGCUUCACUCCUCAGGCCACCUUUGACAUCAAGCCCUGUGAGCUUCAUCGACUGGACCAGGGUCCUCCGACCCAAGCCGUGCUCACUCGAGAGGAGGGACUGAGUUACUAUCGCACCAUGCAGAUGAUGAGACGCAUGGAGCUGAAAGCAGACCAGCUUUACAAGCAGAAGAUUAUCCGAGGCUUCUGUCACCUCUAUGAUGGACAGGAGGCUUGUGCAAUGGGCAUCGAAUCCGCCAUCAACCGCACCGACCACCUGAUCACGGCGUACCGAGCUCACGGGUACACCUACACCAGAGGAGUGCCUGUAAAGGAGAUCAUGGCCGAGCUCACAGGUCGACGGGGUGGAGUCGCCAAGGGCAAAGGAGGCUCCAUGCACAUGUAUGCGAAGAAUUUCUACGGAGGAAACGGCAUUGUGGGAGCUCAGGUUCCCCUCGGUGCUGGAGUGGCUCUCGCCUGUAAGUACCAGGGCAAUAGUCAGGUGUGUGUCACACUCUACGGAGACGGAGCAGCGAACCAGGGGCAGAUCUUUGAGACGUACAACAUGGCGGCACUGUGGAAGCUGCCGUGCAUCUUCAUCUGCGAGAACAAUAAAUACGGCAUGGGCACGGCCGUGGAGCGAGCCUCCGCCAGCACGGACUACUACAAGCGAGGGGAAUUCAUUCCUGGACUGAGGGUGGAUGGAAUGGACGUGCUCUGCGUCAGGGAGGCGACCAAAUUCGCCGCAGACCACUGCAGAUCCGGAAAGGGUCCUAUUCUUAUGGAGCUUCAGACCUAUCGUUACCAUGGACACAGCAUGAGUGAUCCUGGAAUCAGUUAUCGGACACGUGAGGAGAUCCAGGAAGUGCGCAGCAAGAGCGACCCGAUCACCUUGCUGAAGGACCGAAUGAUCAACAACAACAUGGCCAGUGUGGAGGAAAUUAAGGAGAUUGACGUGGAGGUGCGUAAGGAGGUGGAGGAAGCGGCGCAGUUUGCCACGUCCGACCCAGAGCCCCCGCUGGACGACCUGUGUAACCACGUCUACUACAACGAGUCGCCCAUCGAGGUGCGAGGCACAAACCCUUGGUCCAAGCUCAAGUCCAUCAGCUGAACACCAGCAGCUACGAGCUCCACAGAGCUGACGGUGCGGCCAUGAUCUCCCGAAAGCUCCGAAAUGUUCCCACAAACGCACAAAUGCCACGAAUCCCAUUUACUUCAUCAUGUACUUUCCUUCUACUUCUCUGAAGAGUCGGCUGUUACAGAUUUCAUUCACCUUCUUCUAUUCCUUCACUUUUAAAUAGAAAUGUCCGUCUGUUUUAAAACGAUUUCUUUUUCCCUUUCCCCCCUCAUGUAACCGGUUACAAAAUAUCAGGAAUAAAUAAUAAAAUGCAGAAUGAGCGCUGUCAUAGGACAAAGCAGGCACCAGCUUUCUUCUGCCUCCAUCGUUUGUGCCUUUGUGUUUUUUAAGGUAGAUUUUAGACCUUUUAAAUACACCUUUUAUCUUUUCUUUUGUUGUUGUUGUUGUUGUUGUUGUUGUUUUCUGUUGUCUGUGUACAACAUUUUCUUUUCUUGAUUACAGAGCCGGCAGGGAUUCAGCCAAUCAGGUGCAGAGGUUAAUCGUUUUCAGUUCGUUUAUGUUUAAGGAUCGGUUUUGGUUUCAGGUCUCACCAUCUACUGCUGAUGAUGUGAAAACUUUAUAGCAAAUGUUCUGUCAUUUAUUCAGUAGAAACAUGGUGUAGUUUUCUGUUCCUGUACUGUAAUAAAUAAAUCUGCGAUAUUUAUACCGUAA